CCGGAUUUCUUUUCAUAUUUUAGGCACCACCUUCCAACUUUCACCCAGUGACUUCAUUCUCUCACCUUCUUUCUUCCUACAAAAAAUAUUAGUUUUGCAUAAUCGAAAAGAGAAUCAAAGACGGAUUCCUUUCCUCCCAAACAAUUAGAAUCUUUACUUCUGUGUGGUGUUAAUUCUAGUGAUUCCUGGAUUCUGGUUGCAACUUGAUUCAUAACAGACGCCUCUUGGAUGGAGGAUGAGAAAGUGGAGCAUUUGAAAUAUGAGGAACUUGAAGAAGAGGAUCACCCCUCUCCUUCAGGUAAUUUGAUCCCAACAUCUUCAGUCGAAGAAAAUGACACAGAUAAAAUAUCUCAAAGCUCCAUGCUUGAGCAGGAAGCAUUACUUCCAUCCACAGAGAAUCUAGAAUGCUUAUCUAGUAAUAGUUCAGACGUGCUGAAACUUCCAAAAGAAUCUAUUUUGCCAGAUCAGCCAGAAACAAUAGCUCACAUUGCCUCAGAGUUAUCUACAGAAAUAACUUCUUCUAAAUGUAUCACAGAUGUUGCCACCACACUUUCCAUCCCAUCCCAUAGCGCAAGAGAGUCUGAGGGAGACAAUAAUAAUACAAAAAUCAGAGACCAUGAUGAGUUAGAGGCUCAUAGCAGUAGCAGAAGUGAUGGCGCUGAUACAUCAUCCCAUGAAGUGGAAGGGACUGAAAGUGAAAGUUACUCAGAAAAAAGAAAAAGUGUUUCUUCUGAGGUUUCUAAAGAAGCUACCAGUCCGAGUAGUGAAAAUGCUCCCAUAAAUCGGGGUCAAAUUGACACAACGGCACCUAUUGAAUCAGUGAAGCAAGCUGUUUCUAAAUUCGGUGGUAUUGUUGACUGGAAAGCUCAUCGAGCUCAGACUUUUGAGAGACGGAAGAUUAUUGAUCAAGAACUGGGGAAAGUGCAGGAGGAGAUCCCACUGUUGAAAAAACAAUGUGAGGCUGCCGAGGAGGCAAAAAUGCAAGUCCUGGAGGAUUUGGAUAGCACCAAAAGAUUAGUUGAAGAGCUGAAGCUAAACCUGGAGAGAGCACACACAGAGGAGCAACAAGCUAAACAAGAUUCCGAGCUUGCAAGGCUGAGAGUGGAAGAGAUUGAGCAAGGGAUCACCAAUGAAGCAAGCUUUGCAGCAAAAGUGCAGCUUGAGGUUGCCAGAGCACGGCAUGAGGCCGCAGUUUCUGAGCUGGAAACUGUGAGGGCAGAGUUGGAGCAACUUCGUUCAGAUUAUGCCCUCGCUGUCUCUGAGAGAGAUGAAGCAGUGAAAAAAGCAGAGGAAGCAGUUUCUGCAUCCAGAGGAGUUGAGAAGACAGUGGAAGAUUUGACUAUUGAGGUCAUAACCUUAAAGCAAUCCUUAGAAGCAGCGCAUGCUGCACAUUUGGAGGCGGAAGAACAUAGACUCGGGGCAGCCAUGGCCAGAGAACAAGAUAUUCUUUACUGGGAGAAAGAAUUAAAAGAGGCAGAAGAGGAGGUGGAGAAGGCAAACCAGCAGAAUCAGUCUGUUAAGGAUCUGAAAUCAAAUCUAGACACUGCUUCCUCUUUGCUGCUUGAUCUUAAAUUAGAAUUCGCCACUUAUAUGGACUCAAAGAAGCUUCUAAAAACUGAAGAAGAAUCCACUAGGAAGGAGCUCGAAGAGGUGAAACUUAACAUAGAUAAAGCAAUGGAUGAAGUUAACUGCUUGAAAGUGGCAGCUGACUCAUUAAGGGCAGAACUACAAAACGAAAAGUCCGAACUUUCCGCCAUCCAACAGAGGGAAGCCAUGGCAUCGAUUGCCGUGGCAUCUCUAGAAACCGAGCUACAGAGGACCAAAUCAGAUAUCUCACUUGCACAUAUAAAGAAGAAAGAAGCCAGAGAAAGGCUCGUAAAUCUUCCAAAGCAACUCCAAGAGGCAGGGAAAGAGGCUGACCUGGCAAAGUCACUAGCCGAAGCAGCACGUGAAGAGCUGAGGAAAGCAAAGGAGGAAGCAGAGCAAGCAAAGGCAGGAGCUAGAACUGUAGAGAGCAGACUAGUCGCUGCCCAAAAGGAGAUAGAAGCUGCAAAAGCUUCAGAAAGAUUGGCUGUCUUAGCCAUCAAUGCACUGCAAGAGAGUGAAUCAGGUGCUCAACCCAUCAAAGAUCAGGAUUCGCUGAAACAAGUGACGCUCUCUUUAGAAGAAUACUAUGAGCUGAGCAAGCAGGCACAUGAGGCAGAGGAGGAAGCUAACAUGAGAGUGGCUGCUUCCAUCUCCCAAAUUGAGGUGGCCAAGGAGUCGGAGUUGAAGAGCCUGACCAAGCUAGAGGAAGCUAACCGUGAGAUAGCUGGAAGGAGGGAGAGUCUAAGGGCUGCAUUAGAGAAGGCAGAGAAAGCCAAGCAAGGAAAGCUGGCUAUGGAGCAAGAACUAAGAAGAUGGAGGGCUGAGCACGAGGAGAGACGGAAAGCCAAUGAACAGGUUAGGGUCAUGAACCGGACCGUUAGCUCGCCACUGAGUUUUGUGGAGAGAAGUGAAACAAAAGAUGCUGCUUCUAGCCCGAAAGAAUCAUCCGUGCAAGAAAGCAGCAAUGGCAUAUCCGGUUCAUCUCCUGAAGUGAAGACCUCAAAGAAGAAAAAGAAGUCAUUCUUCCCAAGGUUCUUCAUGUUCUUUAUGAGAAAGAAAGUGGAGUCUAAGUUAGAAUGAUUAGUUAUCUUAAAGAUUAACUAUCAUAGUUUUCUUUGUACAAUAAUUGAUCUUCGGGUACAGCAUAUGCCAAUGCGGAACAAUAGUAACUUUCGCAUGUUUGGUGAGGAUGAUGGGGCAGUAAGUCACUCUUGUAAUUACUUUGUGUUUGUUGUAAUGUAUAGUCUUGCUAGUUUUGUCAACGUAUGAGAAGUAUGGGUUACUUGUAGUUGUUUUUUUCUCACUGGAGUUGUGAAAGAUGACUCACUUACCCUACAAUUUUAUAUCAUUGGGCGUGUCAAUUGAAUAUGCACUUGAUCAGAUAUGAAUAAUGUAUGAGAAGUUUGAGUUGAACGUGCAUAUUCUGGCUGGUGUGCCUUGCGUGUUCUUAAGCCAAGAUUUUGG